AUGGCUGAACGCACCAUUCCGGCCGUGGCACUCACCGCCCCAACAAGCUAUCCCACCGCAGGAGUCGGCGGCUAUUACUACGACACGGCCUUCGGCGUCCCGACCUACAGCAGCGCUGCUUUCAACCAGACUACCUGGCGUCUUCUCGACAAUUGGGAUCAUGUCAACGUCAACUAUGCCUCCAGCGAAGGGCUAGCAGCCGGUUUGGGCUGGGCAACCUUGAUCUACCUCCUCGCCCUGACCCCCAGCCACAAGAGAACUACACCUUUCCACUGCUUUCUUCUCGUUGGAUUGGUCUUCAUGCUUUUGCAUCUCAUGACAAACAUCAUCGCGGCCCUCACACCUGGCUUGAACACUACCUCUGCUUACACCUAUGUCACCCUCGACAUCGCCUCUAGCGUCUGGCCUCGCAAGUACACCGCAGUCUACGCCAUCAGCGCAGUUGCGUCAUGGAUCGCCUUCGUCUUCGCAGCAAUUUGCCUGUGGCUGCAGGCAAAGGGACUAAUGACUGGCGUCAGAGUCCGGUUCAUUAUCGUCUACAAGGUCAUCCUCAUGUACCUCGUGAUGGCAUCCAUGAUUGCACUCGCAACUUGCAUGGCAUUUAACAUCCAGCAGAUCCUGUACAUUGGCAAGACAGUGGAUCUGGAAGAUAGCACAACCCUGCUUCGUCUCCGGAACGCCUACUUGAUUACAUACGCAAUCAGCAUUGGCAGUUUCUCGCUGGUCUCAAUUUGUUCGAUCAUGGACAUCAUUUGGCGACGACCUUCCAAGGUGAUCAAGGGCCACAACAUCUUUGCUUCGGCGUUGAAUCUGGUCGGGCUGCUAUGUGCCCAGUCAUUCAUCGUGCCUUUCAUCUUCUGCAUCUUGCAGGUCAUUCCCAACAGCAGCGGGGUGAUGCUACCUGAGAUCAUGCUCCUACCUUCGGUCUAUGUGGUUCUCCCGCUUGGCUCGCUCUUCAUGACUGUCAAUUCUGCAGACGCGGAGACCCACAAAGGUUCUUUCCCCCCCAAACCCAGCCCGAGUCCCUUCGAUCGCUCCCCGACCCUGACCAACGGUACUCUUCCCGGCUCACGACCAGAGUCCUACGUCCUCAACGCCUCCCCUGACAAGGGUCACGCGCAACGCAAGUCUGUCUGCAGCCAAAUCGACCGCGAGCUCAACCUCAUCGAUUCCCUUGACACUCUUGCGGGUCACGAGGCCGAUUCCAUGUUGCAUGACCACGGCAACAAAAACAGCAAAGCUCAUGGAAAGGACAACCGUCAUCGUGCUGAUACCACCCACGUCAGUUCAGAAGAGAUGGUCUGA